GGCAGCAUAUUUCUGACUCUCUUUCAUUUAGGUCACGUGCCAUUCCACACAAGUCCUCCUCAACAAAAAUAUUUAACGCUUUCAUCUCUCUCUAAAACAAGAAAAAUAAACCACGAUGGAACAGUUUUACGCUUUUCAGGUAUCCCCUGGUAAGGAGCACGGUCUGGAGGUGCCGCCCCAGCACGGCUAUCACCUCUCUAUUGUUUCCCUCCCACACGAGACGAAGAACGGUCGCACAACGCUUUAUGUAUCGGUCGAGGGUAAAUCGCAUCCAGUGGCCACCCUGGACUUUGGACGGAAUAUAUUGCAGGUGCCUCUAGAUUUAGUCUUUAAUGGGAUGCAAAAAACCGUUUUCUAUGCCAAGGGCUCAUGUGCAGUGCACUGUGUUGGCUAUAUUCGAGAGCUCGACAUCGACGGAGAUGAUGGACUCCCUCCUUUUGGUUACGAUGACGAGGAGGAGGAGGAGGAGGAGAGCGAGUCCAAGCAGGUGGUUCCCUCGAACGUGAAGGCGAUAAAAGGUGACACCACAAAGUCCUCGAAGAAGGUCGAGGAAAAAGCAAAGGAAUCCCACUCCGACAGUGAAGAUGAAGGAGAUAUGGGGGAGGAUGAUGAUGAUCUUGAUGGUGGUAGCGAGGAGGAGCUGGAGACAGACAGUAGCGAAGAGGAUCCUACACAGGCCCCUCCCUCAUCAUCUGACGAGGACUCGGACGCCGCCGAGGAGGGGAUGGUGGGGUCCGCUGAUGACGAUGAUGAAGAGUAUGAGGAGGAGGUUUCUUCAAACCCUCCCGACGUAUCACUUGAUGAUGAUGAUGACGAAGACGACGAGGAGAUUGAGGAUGAGGCACCCCCGGCGAAGCAGUCGCGUCAGGAGGAUAAUUCUCCGCGGCGUGAGCAACAGUCGGCAAAGAGCAGCCCCAACGCGCGAGGUAAACCGAGCAGUCCACCGAAGCAGUCGCCGAAACAGUCGCCAAAUCAAGCCGCCAACAAAGCAGGUAACCAGCGCAAGCGGGGCUAAGUGUGAGACCUCAGCACCCAUAAGCUCAUGGGAAAAAAACACGGUUUAUGCUUUGAAGUUUUGUUAAUACAAAGUAGAACUUUCAGGUAUAAACCUAUCUCUUUACUUUGACAUCAUUCCUCUUUUUAUUUAUAAAUCACAAUCGAUAAUUGAACUGGUAAUAUUAUAAAUAGGAAACCCAUUUAAUCCCUCUAUGAGCAAUAAGUUGACUUCUAAUAUAGAAUGAACUUGUCGUGGUUUAUCAUAGUACUAUGCCAGCA